AUGCGCACGCUUCGGUUCCCGCUCGACGAGCUGCUGAAAGGAAAAGGAGAGUUCCGUUGGACUGCCGAGUGUCAGCGUUCUUUCGACCGGUUCAAGGAGAUCCUUGGUUCCGACCUUCUGUUGACCCACUACGAUGCUGAAGGUGGAUCAGCACGCGACACGAGCGCUUACGAAGGCGGAGAUGGGCUACAGCCAGCCGGAUCGCGAAGGACUGCCAAUGGUGUUCGCUGUAACGAAAUUCCACAAAAUGAUUUUCGGCGCUGGGCGCUGACGUUGCUGUUGUACGACUUCACCAUCGAGUACGUGCAAACGGAGAAGUUCGGGAAUGCCGAUAUCCUGUUGAGGCUGAUCAACAACCACGCCAAGCCUGACGAGGAUUACGUGAUUGCGAGCGUGAUUUUGGAGGAAGAUUUGCGGUUUGUGGCGGACGAAGCAGUAAGCUGUCUUCCGCUCAGUUUCAAGUCGGUGAAACAGGAGACGCAAUCCGACGAACAGCUGUGCAAAGUGUACCGAUACUUUCGAGAAGGCUGGCCGGAAGAGGCGAAGAUCGUGGAUCCGGAGAUACGCCGGCUCCAUGGAAAUCGAGAUUCACUGUGCACCGUUCGGAGAACGCUUCGUGAUUCCCGAGAAGCAUCGGCAGCGGUGUCUGCGGCAGCUGCACCGGGGACACCCCGGAAUCCCACGAAUGAAGGCGUUGGCAAGGAGUUAUCAAGGAGUCCACCGAAAGAAGCACCCGUUCCGUGGCCACGACCAACUGGCCCAUGGAAGCGAGUUCAUGUGGAUUACGCCGGUCCCAUCGACAGAGUGCAUUACUUGCUGGUAGUCGACGCGCAUUCGAAGAGGCCAGAAGUGGUUCCAACACAACGGAUCACUUCCACAGCCACGAUCAGCAUCUUGAGAAGCAUCUUUGCCCUGCUGGGAUUGCCUGAAACGCUCGUCAGCGACAACGGGACGCAAUUCACGAGCAGCGAGUUCCAGCAGUUCUGCAGCGACAGUGGCAUCUAUCACGUCACCACGGCACCGUUUCAUCCACAGUAG